CUUGUCUGUAUCUGCCAUUAAAUCUCACCGAGACGCAUGUCUGCAUCAGGGGUUCCAUUCAAGCACCUAAAUGCCUGCAACAAAUGUGCGGCGCGCAAGGUUAAAUGUGACAAAAAGGAGCCAUGCGGUGCCUGCCACCGUGCUGGCGCCGAGUGCAUCUAUCCAACCAUUGUGCAUCGACCCCGCAAACGUAAGUUCCAGUCCUCGCUAGAUGUUCUAAUGGAAAAGUUGGGAGAAUAUGAAGAUCUUCUUCGCCGCAAUAAUAUUCCGUUUACUCCUCUUCCAGCCAAUGAUGUCGAAGCCGUGACAUCCAAUAUCGAAGCGUCCGCCUCAGCAGGUAGUAGAUCGUCGCCGUUGGGCCAUGUUGGGCCUUUGAAUGCGCAGGAUACUGAUCGUCAAUCACUGUCUGACGUUCAGGGCCCUGCUUCUAAUGACGCCAUUACUAUCGGUGGGCUAGUCGUGAAUGAUGAUGGCAGUAAGAAUUAUGAGUAUUCGAUGCUCGCGACCUUGAGCAAAGAGUUUACACCCAAUACGCCACAAGCCGAAUCCACUAGUACUUCCUCAGUCCGGUCGCUGAUCUGCCGAAUGCUUCUUUCCCCUAUCGGGCCCAGUCAGUCCUCUUCUUUGGUCAUCCCAGCAUCCCAUGAGGAGGAAUUAUGGUCUAUCUUUCUUCGGGAUGUCGACCCUUUAACCAAAGUCAUCCACUGGCCGGUUGUAGAUCAGUUAAGGAAGCGGAAAAUAUCCGCAAAACCCACCCCAACCUGCUUCGACGCUCUGUUGGCCUCAAUCUAUGCAUGCGCAAUAGUUCCUUUGGGGGAAGUUGAGUGCCAGACGAGGUUUGGUCAUGGUCGCGCAGUCCUAAUAGAACAUUAUUAUGCGGCCACGAGAAAAGCCUUGUUUGAAUUGGACUUUCUCCACUCGUUAGACCUUAUGCUAGUCCAGGCUUUGGCGCUAUUAUUGACGUCCAUUCACCACCUGUCCGAGCCUUCGCUUUGCUGGUCCAUACUCGGCCUGGUCAUUCGCAAAGCCCAGACCAUCGGUCUCCAUCGUGACGGCACCUCAUUAGGUCUUUCUCUAUACGAGUGUGAAAUCCGUCGACGCGUCUGGUGGUAUCUGGUUACUCUUGAUAUGCGCGUAUCUGAACUGUCUGGGGCUGCUAACUCAAUUAUCUCGCAACCCUGGGACACUAAUUUCCCCACGAAUAUCAACGAUCAAGAUCUCCAUCCCGAUAUCGAUUUUUUGACACCAGCCACGGACGGUCUGACCGACAUGAGUUUCUGUUUGUUCCAGUACGAGGCGGUUCGUCUUGUCCGGUCAGCCUAUCUCGCUGCAUCGCCCGAGGUCAUGCUGCGAAACAGUCCUCGCAUGCUGCUCUCCAUUGAGCAAAUCAAUGUUUUCCGCAGGACAGUAGAAGACAGAUUCCUUCGCUUCUGUGACCCUGUAAUACCUGUACAUUUCAUGCUCAACUCUUUUGCGCGCUUAACCCUGUCCAAGAUGCAGGCUUUCGUGCAAGAGAUUCGGCCCAAGGAGCGGAAACCGCAGCAAUCAUCGCGGUCGGACUCGGGGUCCAAGUUGAAUUACGGCUUGCGAAUGCUGGAAUAUGACCAGUUAUUGCACUCAAACCCAUCCGUGCAUGGGUUCCGCUGGUUCAUCUAUGCCCAGUUUCCAUGGGGUGCUCUCAUCUGGUUGCUCCAGUCGAUGCUAACCAAGGAUUGGGGCGCGAGGGAAGAUAACACGUGGCACCACAUCGAGACACUAUAUCAGCGCUAUCCAGAGCUAUAUGACGAGGAUCGAGGACUACAUCGUUUGGUGAAUACCCUUGUCCUUCGAGUUUGGUGGCUUCGGCAGGCUCUCCGGAAAGGGCCCGCCUUACCAAGCGAAGUGGAACCAACCCCCCAUUUCAUCACCGAACUACUGUCGAAGCCUUAUAUCCGGAACGACCAAGUCGCGCCUGUGGAGUCCCGUGAAAUAAUUUCCAACGAGGGCACUUAUGGUGCGGCUCCUAUCACGAGCGAGGCUACAAUCAUGGAGCAGCUCGAUAACUGGGAUCAAUUAUUGUUUAUGCCCACUGCUUCACCGGAAUCGAACUUUGACUUCAGUGCCUGGCUUACUUGAAAACGCAGACUCAAUGUCCAAAUGGUAAAUACUCUAAGUGGAAAAACUUCUGUUCUAAAUUAUCUUCUUUCUCGCAAUGGCAAGACAACAUGUCAUCCCUAGACCGGCCUGUUUUGACCCGAACUUACUUCCUCGUCUUCGCAAUACGUCUUAAGUAAACUCCUC